AUGAGUAACGACAACUAUGAAGAACAAGAAGUAUUUCAAAGAAUACAAACUCAUUUCCCGCCUGCCAAAAUUAAGAAAAUAAUGCAAACAGAUGAAGAUAUUGGUAAAGUUUCGCAAGCUACACCUGUCAUUGCAGGCAGAGCACUUGAAUUAUUUGUUGCAAUGCUAGUUUCACAAGCUGGCCAAACAGCUCGUUCACAAGGAAAUAAAAGAAUCUCUGCAGACACUUUGCGUGAAACAAUUAUGCAUUCGGAGAAAUUUGAUUUUUUACGCGAAGCCGUAUGCGGUGAUGACGUUGAUGAUGAUGAUGAUGCUGCUGCUGCUGCUGCCACUACUGAAGAUUGA